GCUCAGUGCUAUGCUCGCCAGAGCUCAUUACCCCACUGACAUUCAUUGAGCAUGUCCAACGCUUAGGAAGCUCCUGAGAGGAAGCACGACGCUCCAGGUACUUGAGGGGGCAACGCUGCAUCUGUAUUAUCAAAAGUGGAGUGGCCACCACACGCAGUCUGGCACAAGGCUGGAAGGCGAAACGUUUGCCAACAAGUCUGACAAGCAGCGUAUACGCGAUAGCGUGGUUGGGAAACACAAACAAGACCACACACCGAUGCUCGAUUCUCCGGAGCCCUCAGUACGAAGGCCAUAGUAGACGCGCAGCGCCGCGAGAAAUCGGAGUCGGGCCCUGAUGGCUACCUUUAUCUCUAGCUCCAUAAACUUAUAAUAGUUGCUUGAGUGCCAUGGCUUUCAAGUCGCAAGAGAGACUACCUUGAUUUGGCCCUUGUUCGCGGGGUUGCGCCGAGGGCGGAACGCCGUCGCCCUUGUGCAUAAUAAACGUAGUAGCGGCAUGUAUAGCUUAGAAUGUUGACACAAUACCCAAGUCGGAUUGCACGUUACUUGUCGCCCUGACCGGUGUGCUCUUGCGAUGGACGGGCCACCUCUGGCAGCGUCCGCCGGGCGCCCCAUUACGCGUGGCGACCUCGAUAAAGUAAAGAAGUCAAUAUGCCAAGAGACGCAGUCGCUAGUGACGCUCAUGCGCGAGCGGUUUCACUCACAUUUGGCCAGCCAUUCGGUAGAGCAGGCGACAGUGGCGGGCCGCGAGCGGACCAGCCCUGCCAGCAACUCAAGUGCAACCUCUGCGUCGGCCACCCUGUCGUCCACCCUCGACGUCGCGUCCCCGUCGAUUAUGUCACCGGCAACUUCCGCAUCGACCGCCGAUUCACCGCUGAACACGCGGACCUUGGGAUUGCAGCUAACUGCACCACUGGCCAAGCCAUUAAUUGCGGCGCCAGUGCGGCCUUCCCCAGCACCUGUACCACCAGCACCAGCACCAGCACCACCGCCAGCAGCACCAGCACCUGCACCACAGCGAGCAGCAGUGCCAACAGGCCACCGCGGGACCGCCGUGCCUUUGCCAGCCGCGCCUGCAGUGAUGACCUGUGAACAGCUGGAGGCCAUGUUCCGGUCCGCCAUCGCUUCGGACGGCGACGUGCUCACACGCUGGGCGGACGAGCUGGCGCGCCGCAUGUGGGCGCAGACGCCUACGCCCUCGGCCACGCCACGCAGCAUCGGGAGCCCCGCCUAUUGCGCCUCUGCGGCCCGGUCGUACGGCGGCAGUGCAGCGUCCACCGCAGCCCGCAACAGCCCCAACGGCAGCUGCCCGGCUUCGCCCGACCGGCGCUGGCGCUCGCAGCAGCACCCGCACUCCCCCGACCCCCUGCUGAUCCGCCACCACCACCAUCACCUCCCGCACCAUCCGCACCACCACCAGCAGCACACCAGCUCCAGCAGCCAUGGCGGUCAUUUCGGCCAGCAGCUGCCACACGGCCGCAGCCGUCUGGGCUGCAGGAGCAGCGGCGGCGGCGCGCCACUGGCCACCAGCGGGCCGCCGACAGCAUCUGGCAUGGCUGGUGCGCCUGAUGCUCUGUUGCAGGUGCAGCCCACGCCGGCGGCUGGCGCUGUGCUGUAUGAUACCGCCAUUGCACCUUUGACAGCAGCCGCAGCGCCAGGCUUGGAGGAGGUCGGGGCUGGCGGCGCUGGCGGUCAGGCCUUGGCCCACGCCGGUGCAUUGCGCGCGCCGCUUCCUCCGUGGCAGCAGCAGCUCGAGCCGGACGCUGGCACAGGCGACCCGGGACUGGAGAGCGCCGCCGUCGCUGCCAUUGCAAUGCACGCAGCCGUUGGCGCUGCUAUACCACACUUGGAGGCGGGCGGCGAUGUGGCUGCAUGGGAGAGUAUGGCCCAGGGCGUGGUAGAGCUGCCGGCAGAGGUGGCGGCGGCCGCCCAGUCGCUGCCAUGGCCUGCCCUGGCUGGACCGGCGGCCAGCUCCGCCACCUCCGCGCCUGCGUCGCCUGCUCGGCGGGAGCUGCCGGCCCAGGUUGUGGAGGAGGUGAAGCGCCGCUACCUUGAGGGCUGCGGACCGCAUGUGCUGACGGCCAAGCCUGCCGCGGCAGCCGCAGCCGCAGCAAUGACGCCGCGGCACGCGUCGCUGUCCAUGGCUCCGGCACCAGACAUGGCCACCUCUGUGGGUGCACCGGUGGAGCAAUACGUGCUCACUGUGCCUGUGCCGGCCGCCAGUGGCGCUGUGGCGGAGCCUGAGCUGCUGUCGACGGCCUUCGACCCGGCCUGCUGGCCCGCAGAAGCUGCCUUCUCGCUGGAGGCUUUCGGGGCGGAGCCCGUAGGCGCACCUGAGGAGGCAUGUGCCGGCGACGGGCCCGCGUCUUUCGCAGCUAUGCUCCCUCCACCGCCGCAGGCGCGCCGGGCAUCCGGCACCUACAGCGCUGUCGUCGAGGCGGACGGUGCAGGCGCAGCACCUGGAGCCCCCGCUUCUGGGGCCGCCGCGUCGGUGGCGGUGGCGCUACUGCGCGGGUUGCGGGCGGGCAUGCCGGCGCCGCCGCUGUCGAGGCGGCGGGGCCAGGCGGCAGCUGGACGGCAGGACGGUGCUGUGGAGGCAGACAGCGAGGGAAGCGAGGAGGACGAGGAGGCGUGGGAGCUGUGUCCACAGGAGCUGUUCAGGCCGGCGCAGCAGGUGUCCAGGGAGGAGGAGGCGGCUGCGGGCAGUGUGGCCGCUCAAAAGGCGCCUCUGCUACAGCCGAGUCAGUCUUCUGCUGCCUCCUGCGCCUCGCCCUCAGCCAGCAGCUACAGCUUUGGCUCCGCCACCACCUCCAGCUACAGCCGCGGAUAUUUCACCCUGCCGUCGUCGUGCACGCACGACAACAGCUGCUUCCCGCCAGCUUCCCCGCACGGAAUGACGGCAGAUGGGCACGUGCACACCGCUGCGUCGUACUAUGCCACUCCAGCAUCAAGCAGUUCCCUGCGCAAGAGCGAUGGCUAUGUCACUGGCACUGUGGGCUCCAGCAGUGGCAAUGGCUUGCGUGGGUCGGGUUCAAGCCCAGUGGGCAAGGGAGUGGCUGCACAGGACGCCAUGUUUGGGGCGUGGGUGUCGGCUGCAUCACCGUAGGUACCAUUGGCCUGUGUGAAUAGCUUCUGGGUGCCAGUUGGAAGCAGGAGAGGAUGAAAUCACGUGGGUGGGUGAGCUUUGACAAACACAUGAUGUUGGAUCAAUGAACAGGAACACGCUUGCUGGUGUGGGCUUCGGGUGGGCUCCGUACUGCCAUGUGCUGCGGUCGUUGCGCUGCAGCCGGCCACUCCCUUUAGUAUAUCAAGGCUUAUGUCUACCGUAUGUCGCUUCUGGUAUUCAUUAGUUGACCAUUCUGCCUCAACAGGGCAGGUUGUCCUGCAAACAGGAUUUGCGAUGGGCAUGUAUGCCAGCGGCGCGUCAUGAUGCACGGGCGCACCGGUGGCAGUGCUGACGACAGCGGGUGGUACCAUGUCAUAUGCAGGGAAUCCUGGUGCAAGUAUUUGUACAUAGAGGUUGGGUGGCACGUGGCAUUGGAGCCACGCGCAUACUAGUCAGUAUGCGCAUGUGUGAACAUGGAAUGGAACUGCGCCCUGUUAUCAUAGUAACGCGUGUGGGUGUAUGUAUGGGGGCAUCACAUCAUAUGCGGUGCUGAUUUGUCUUCACCUUGAGUGCAUGUGCACAUGGUGUGGAUUCCUAUCUCUGUGGGCGUGCUACCCGUGCCAGACUGCAUUGCAGCGGACGGGAUGGGGCUGCAAACACUGUCAUUAUUUCGCUGAGGGUGGUAAACUAGCGGCGGGGCCCAGGAGGCCAGGACAUUGGUGGAGGCCUUGUCGGCCGGUAGCGCCCUUGGCACGUAGCCGAAUGCCCUUCAGGUGUUUUAAAUUACAGAAUUGUACUCUGGAUAGCGUUGAGUUUACGGAUGUGAGUAUAAAAGCCGGUGCGGGGAUGCUUGCAGUCUGCUGGCUUGAGGGUUCUGCGGUCGGAAAUGAGCUGCAAGGGUUAACUGAGGGCACUGAAUCAUACCACGAAGAAGGCCACUCCUAUUGAAGUAAGACCGGUCGUGAUUGGGCCAGGAUUGGGCAUGGAGCUGAGGCUGACGGCCGGUUGGCAGGUUUGGCCAUGCAGCACGAGGGGCCGCCAUAUGAAGAUGAGGAAACUGGUGCUACGACGAUGGGUAACUUGAUGCUACGAAGAUGAGUAAAUUGGUGUUAAGAGGGCCAUGCAAACUGCAUGUGUGAUCUGCUCACCCCCGUGCGGGGAGUUUGCUUUUACAGUAGUCACACAGCAGGGGGACUCCAGCAUCCGACACAAUCUCACAGCGCCGUACUGGCCAUCACGUGCUGAUGCAGCGGCCCUCGUCCAGACAUCCUAU